AUGAGCCAGAGGAGCAGGUGGGCCAUGAUACCCGUAAGGCCCGUGUUGGACGCUGCUGCUGUAAAAGCCUGGAUUGGAGUAAGCACCCACGAGCCCCUGUACUUCGGCUGCAGUGUUGAGAGCUGCGUGAGGGUAAUGCUGCGUCGGGGACAUCGAAAAGCCCUUUUAUAUGAAGAAAAUGACAGUCUUUUUUUACAAAUAACUUUUUUUACAACCAACACCAAAAACGCACUCCACUUGCAGAUCGUCAUCUCGACCCUCGCAGUGGCCGUCUUCGCACGGCCAGGCUACCACCACGGCCCGGAGGUGCACGCCUUCGCCCCGUACCACGGCCCCCUGGCGCCUCUCGCCCACGACGGCCGCGUGGUAGACACCCCCGAGGUCGCCCACGCCAAAGCAGCGCACUUCCACGCCUACGCCGACGAGCUGUCCAAGACCGCCCACCACGGACCAGCCGCUCCCGAGGCCCAUUACGAGCCGGUUCACCACCCCGUGGCCAGCUACCACCACCCCGAGCCCGAGCACCACGCUUACCACGGCCCACCGGCUCCCCUCGCCCACGACGGUCGCGUAGUCGACACCCCCGAGGUCGCCCACGCCAAGGCCGCGCACUUCCACGCCUACGCCGAGGAGCUGUCCAAGGUCAGCCAUCACGGGCCCGAGAUCGCCUAUCCUCACUACUGAGACGCCCGACUGGUGGGGGAGGCCGCACCGACGACAACGAGCUAUUAGCCGCUCGUUACGCGACAGGACGAGUCCGUCGUUGCAAAAUCACUGCCACCCCCUUCUCUCGUAAUUUUAUCCGUCACCCCGCACACGUACAAACACACGUGUUACACCCGAGUCCCCCUUUCCCAUCCUCAUGAGCCCGA